UCUGAACAAAAUAUGUGUCACUUAUUAAAAAUAUAUAAUUGAAAUGGAAUCGGCAGGCAGCCAGCCUAGCUUACAUUUACUGAAACUACGCAUUGGUUAGAAAUGCUAGCUCGCUAGCUCGCUAAGAUGGCGAACCAACAUUUACUGCACAGAGUUUGCGUCUGGCUAGUUCAACAGAGAAAAUAAAAUAAAAAAAUAAAUAAAAAACGACACAUUUUUCCCCUGUCGUUUGGUACUUUGGUAUAAAGUAAUAAUAUAAGUAAGUAAGUAAGUACUAGCUUAUUAUUUUGCCUUUUUUUUUUGCAAAGCUAGCUAACACUGAGUUGGGUUGUUUUGCGAGAGAGAUUCAAAGUCUUAUUUUGUUUUAGCGGAAUUUACAGAUUAUUUAUACAAGAAAGCUAUAAUUUUUUAAAUAUUCACUGAUUUGGAACUAACUACUUGAGGACAGAGGUUUUUUCGGGUGGCUGUCUUUAGCUAUUUAAGUCCCAGAGGUUUCCAGAAAAGCGAAACACAAGUCAGGUUUUUCAGUUUCUUUGCGUUUAUAUCCAUUUACAUGAGUUAUGAGUUAUGAAUCAUUGGUCUGGCUAAACGUCCUAAUAUGCAAACUCUCUCUCUCUCUCUCUCUCUCUCUCUCUCUCUCUCUAAAGAUGUAUUAAAUCCUGUAGUUUUUUUUCUUCAUGCUCCAUUUCUGCUUUUCUUUCCUGAAAAUGCGUGAGCUUUAAGCAUUGAGGGAGUUCAUUCAUUCUUCUGAAUGCACUGGGUUAUGAGGAAUGCAGGAAGAGAAAGUGAGUGUGAUUUGUGAUUGGUGUUGAGUUGGCAGUCUCAGAGUAACAGACUGAAGUAGACUUGCCAAGUCUUUUCAGGGGAAAGAAACGUCGCUAGCAGUCGCCAGAUGGCGUCAUAAAUUCUAUUUGCAUGUUAAUAGAAUCGUCACGAUCAUUUGCAUAUCAACCAGGUUACAUGAAGAAGGACGAUUUUCUGAAGAUGCACAGAAUGCAGUAGAAUUGAAUGUAGAUUUAUAGAGGUUAUAACGUAGUUCUUAUGGAAAGUCUUUGCUCAUGGCAUCCCUCACUAUUUAUGUAUUUGGUGAAAUUAGCAACGCUGGGCUGAUGUUUAGCUCCAGUGCUGCUUUUUUUUUUUUUUGGAUCGGAGAGCUUGGUUGAUGUUCUAAAGUGAGCUCUUUGGGUGUAUCCGUGGUGCUCAAAACAUCUUAAUUUGCAAAAAAGUAAACAUUUUUGUCAUAAAGUAAAACUUGAAUUUACAUGGCCAACGACUGGAGACUUCUUGAAUGUUUGAAUGCUCACUCUGGCUUUUCAUCAAAACCUGCGUGGCACUGAUUGGCUGGGGGGGGAAAAAAAAAAUGGAUAUCUUUAGAGAAAGAAAAGUGAUUCGAUAGUAGUGAUUCUUUCUGUAUGUCGAGCAACGUAGUUUUUCCUGGAAUUUGAGAGCUAAUUGUGGAUUAAAUUGUGGUGUUGAAAGGGAAUCUCUGUUGGUGACGUUUUUGAUUUUAUCAGUGGGUGUGUACGGAUAUUCAGUCAGAUAUAAAGCUCACAGGACAAAAGCGAGAUAAACGUUUCCGACAACUUUUAGCACAAGUCCUUUUGCACUAUUUAGUAAUAAAGAGAAUAAAAAAAGGGAGAAACAACGUCAGAAAGCUGUGAGUGAGUUUUAAAAUGACUUCACAGUGAUGCAUCUCAUCAUAUCAGGCAUCAUAUUAGUGUUUAUCAAGACUCUCCACCACAAAUGGCUUAUGAGUUGCUGUCGGCAGAAGAACAUUGCCAUGACUAAUUAUUUAAUCAGUUGUUAAUAUUGCUGGUUUUCUGGGAGGACACGCUGUGCCUUUGGCACCCAAACAUGAUUAAAGUUCUACCUCCAUUGACAGGAGGAAAAUUUGAUUGUAUUGCAUUGUGAACUUUUUUUCUCUCUCUAAUAGCAGUUAACCAAAUAUCAGUUUAAAAACUCUUAUAGAUAGAUAGAUAUUCAAAUAUUAAAUCUAUCCACAAAGUGUGUCUCUAUUAAUAGGCGCUCCCUCUGUCCAAAGAUAAACAGAGAUGGUAACCCGCAUACACAGUCCAGUUUAUCUCCCAGGUGUUCACAGAUCUGCCACAUCAUCGUGUGUGUGUGUUUGUGUGUGCGCGCGCGUACACGUGCAUGCGCGCGUUCCCCACAGCCAUCCAGGACUGCAUUCCUCAAAUCUGCCACUCUUCCUUCACACAGUAGUGGCCCAUUUUCCAACAAAUUUUCUCCCCCUUUUCUUCCCCCUGCUCAACCUUUUUGUUUGUUAAGUUCAUGUUUCCCAUGUUUCUCAAGCACUCGUUCGUCAUAACCUACAUAGAAGGCCAAAGGGAACUUACAUAAUUUGAAUAGCUCUAUUUUAUUUAGAUAGGUAUGUGCAUCUCUAAUUUGGCGUUCACUGUUUUGAGUAUACAACAAGGGUUUGAUUUGGGUGUUCCUCCUUCUUGUUAAACAGCCGGUUCGUUUUCCUGGUUUAAAUAUAAGCUCCUGUCUCUGACGACACUCGUUCAGCUGGGUUCAGGUGUGUGACGUGCAUAAAGGUGUGGUGCCGUCUUCAUGCUGGUGGCAUGCUGCACAGAGAGCACUUGCAUGUAGAGCCGGGACUCAGGAGGGGUGUGUGUAAGUUUCUUUUCCCAUCGCUGCCAGUGAAGAAACAGAAAGUUAAGCCCAGUCUUGUUUGCAUCAUAAAAGAGGCCAAUGCCUUGUUUCUGGUUGGUGUUGGUUUGCUUAGGGAGUAGGUGACGUGGGGAAAACGCGCCCAAGAGAGCUGGCUUUAAACACCGAGCAGCAAAGCUAAAAGGAGAGCAGUGACAGCUUUUGACUUGUCUACGAGCAGAGCUGUUAAACUCAGAAGGGAAGGGAAUUGGCACUUAUGCAGUGAUCCUCAAUUCCUGCUGUCAUGAGAAUAACAGACGAGUCUAAAGACUGAAGUCCACUUGAGCUGUUGGAGAAGUGGAUUAUGGCGAAGAAGAACAGUCACAAGGAUACGUCAGGGGUGGAGUUUGACACACACUCCAAAAUGGUCAUGUCCCAAGGAGGAACAUUUGAAAGGAUGAAAGAAAAGAUCAAUGCAGUGAGAGCAGUGGUUCCUAACAAGAGCAAUAAUGAGAUCGCCCUGGUUCUGCAGCACUUUGAGAACAGCGUGGAUCGGGCCGUGCAGGCCUUUGUCGAAGGCAGUGCAGUAGAGAUCCUGAAGGAAUGGAAUGUCACCGGUAAAAAGAAGCCUAAGAAGAAAAAGAAGCCCAAACCCCAGCCGGAAGCUCCGGUAGAUCCUGCCCCUUCUGAAUCCGUCUCGUCCCCAGAGACAGAGUGUGCAGGGGCUGUUAACGGUUUCCAUGCCAACGGUUCAGCUGGUGCUGAUGGUGAGUCUCUGGACUCGUUGAGCGAACAGCUGGACUCAGCCUCGUUGGAUGCAGCCGAGCUUGAGUUGGAACCUGCUACGCCCGAGCUCUCCAUCACAAGAGGAGAAGCAGAAUCUCAAAAAGGCUUAGCCCCUGCCCCAAGUCCAUCUCCCCAGCAAAGCACCAAUAAUGGAGCUCGACAUUAUCAGCACAGUUCUCGAGGCAACAAAUCCCGUCCGAGAUCUUCUACCAGCUCUCACAGUGCAACUCUGGCUCUUCCACCCGAUGAUGGCCAACAAGGUUCAUCUUCAGCCAAAAAGAUUGCACCGAACAUUGACCGCUCGGUGAAGGAUCUCCAGCGGUGUACAGCAUCUCUGACCCGAUAUAGAGUGGUAGUGAAGGAGGAAAUGGAUUCCUCUAUCAAGAGGAUGAAACAGACCUUUGCUGAGCUACAGAGCUGUCUUAUGGAUCGAGAGGUGGCUCUGUUGGCUGAGAUGGAUAAAGUCAAAGCGGAAGCCAUGGCUAUCCUGGAUAAGCGUCAGAAGCGAGCGGAGGAGUUGAAGAGACUCACUGACAAGUCUGCCUCCAUGUCUGAAGAGCAGCUAACAGAACUCCGUGCAGACAUCAAGCAUUUUGUGAGUGAGAGGAAGUAUGAUGAGGAUCUUGGAAAAGCUGUUAAGUUCACUUAUGAACUGGAACCUCUUAAAGCCAGCAUCAUGGCCUUUGGAUCAGUGUAUCAUCCGCAGACUGGCUACUCCAAUCGCUCUCGCUGUAGUUCCACUUCUUCUUCUGUCACUGGCUCUGCCCCUGUAGAAGCCCCUGCUCCACCUCAAGCUCAGCCCCAGGCUUCUGGUUACACAAGUCGCCCCAACGUCCCCCACAAACAGGUGUUCCAGGGUAACAGACGUAUAUUUCAGGGUUAUCCGGGUCAGCGCCAUAACGGCAACUCCUACUACGACCGCAAUUCCAACCGGACCAACUACCGCUAUUCCGGAGACCAGCGUCACCAGGGCGACCGUAGCCAAGGCGACCCCUCCACCUCGCAGUUGUCAAACAGCAUGAAAGGCCCCGCCCACCCCUCUGUGUCAUCCUACCGGCAAGAUCGUCCUGCCCAAAAUGGGCUGCCGCAGAGGCAACCUCGGACACCCCCAAAAAACCCCUGACACACCCGGACGCCCUGCACCCUUGUUCUGGUUCCCUAUCCCCUCCCAUCUCUCUCUCCCUCCCCAGUGUCCUUCAUCCAAUCCCUACCCACAAACCUUCCUUAACUCCCUUAAAGCCCCACUUCCCUGAUUGCUCAGCUGUUCCAUACACAUGAAGAAUAAAAUUCAAGUUUACAUCUUUUUUUUUUUUUCUUCAAUUUUUUUCAAUUUUUUUUUUUUGGGGUCAGUUGUAGUGCCACCUCUUCCUUUUCCCCUUAUGUUCACUUGUUUUGUUCACUUGUCCCUUUGUCUCUUACCCCUACUUUCAGUCAUGCAUUCCAUGUUUAACCCAAUUUGAAUGUCAGAUUCUAAAAUAUAUUUUAUUUUUUUUGAAAUGGCUGUUGCUGUUGUCAUUCUUCUUUCUUUAUGACUUUUGUUUCCUCAUUUGGGAGAGACCUAUGAUACGUUGUUAUUUCAGUAAAGUGGCUAAGAACUUUUCACUGACGAAUCUUGUUUAGUCAUAAUUUGUAAACAUGUAGUGCACUAUUCAUAUUUCUUUCUUUUAGCUUUAAAUUUUGUAUUAAAUUUUGCAAUUGUUUUAUUUGUCUUUCCAUUACUUUUUAUAUAGUGCGCUAAUCAUAGUUCAAGCUUUUGAGCUUUAAUGUAAUAUCUUCUGUUCUUCAAAUAGAACAUUUCUUCUAUUUGUGGUUUUUUUUUUUUUUUUUUUUUUUUUUUUUAAUUUUAGUGUUUUUUUUUUUUUUCUGGAUUAAAAUUGAAAAGUAUGGUGUUUAGCUGAUGGGCAACUAGAUUUUGACAUUGAUUCUGAAGUCAAUUGUUAAGUACAGUGUUGAAGGGUACAUAUGGUUGUAAAAAGUAGAAACACGACCGUUAGUCUCUGUAGAAAUUUGAAGAAGUGCUGCUGACUGAAUUAAUGUAUGGACUGUCCAUGGGGCUAAAUGUUCUGAUCGUGGUUGGCCAGCAUUAAGGUCUUACGACCUUACGGCCAUGUUGAUUGCCUUUUUAUUUAUUGAUUUUUGAGUUUUCAUCAGCUCUCCCUGAGAGUGCUGUGCAGUGUUUCACAGCCUUGAUCACCAUUUCACCUCUACUUAAAGGCCACAGUGGGCACAGAGGUUAGACCCGUGUGCCCUUUUCAUUCUUCCACAGUAUGCAUGCGGUGCAUUUAAUAUACCUGCCUUUAAUCACAGAACAACCUCACUUUAGUCUUUUUAUGACGCGACUGUGUGUGUGCAUACAUGUGUACAGCUAGUUCUUUCACAAACACAUAUGCUGUAUUACUAUCAGUCUACACUUGUACCAAGUAAAGGAAUACUCAGCAGUUUGUUCCUCAGACUUUUGAAGUUUGUCGAGUGCAUGUCAUUUGACCCCUCUGAAGGUGCUAAAACUGAAAUGUAGGACUUUGUCUCUUUCUCGCUCGUAUACAAUGACUGAUAUACCUCAUACAUCAGCCAUUAUAACUGUUAGUCCGUACAGAAAACCAGGGCUGUGCUUUGCUUAAUUUGGAUUUGAAGUGCAUAAAAUAAAAAAAAAACUCUAUCCUGAGGAUGUGGUUGUGCUGCUAUCUCUAAUUGAAGUCUGGUUUAAAAUAAAUAACCUCAAUGCCCCUAUAGCAAGUCCCAUUCCAUUGCCUUAACAGCUCAACCUGCAGCCUAUGCGGCUGUUCUCUUUCCUGAUAGAUUUGUAGAAUGACCUUUUUCUCCAGUCCGUUUCAGCACAUGAAGAGUUGAAACUCCGUUUCGAUUGGCUGCUUCUUUGUGCUUUUCAUUCCUGGUCUCUCAAUACAGUCACUGCAUGCUUACUAGUACUAUGGCGACAGUGAAGUGUUUGCAUCUAGUUGUGCAUUCUUGUCACAAUGACAAAAUGGCACCACUGUUUUCUUCUAGAGUCUGCUGCCCUUGCACUAAAAUACAGCUUAAAGAUCAAUGAAGUUUCCUUGUCAUCAUCUCCAGCUCGGAAUCCAUAUGAAAUUGGCAUUUGGUUCACUUAGUUUGUGUGCACGAAUGAAUGUUUGUGUCGGAUAUUAAAGAUUGUUGUUCAACAUUAACCAUAAAUCUAUCCUGCUUUGUUUUCAUGUAAAUUUUUGCCAAAGAAAGACUUUUUUUUUUUUUUUUUUUUUUUUUAUAAAAGUUUCAUUGCUUUGAAUACUGCUAUUUCUAAUUUGUGUCUCUUCCUAAUGGGUCACUGAUUUCAGUUUAUACUCGCCCAUUCUUCCCUUCCUUCCGCAGUUCUAUCUGUACAUAUGUAUCUAUACAUUUGUUUUUGAGCCCCUGCAGUGGGACAUAUGUAUGUUGUAUUGUUAGGCCUAUGGUUUACAUACAGUUGUUUAAAAAAAAAAAAAAAAAAAAUCUAGUGUAGUUCAAUUCUUCCUGAUGUAUAGAAAAAAAAAAUCCUGUCCUUUUCAUUUCUUUGGCUCCAAUUAUGAGACAACUGUAAACUCAAGUGCCUUCUGUAGUUCUUUGCCUACAUUGUCAUUCCCAUCCCAUCAUUUUCAAAUGUGGACCAAAGACAUCUUUAGCCCUUUCCACUCUCUGUCUUCACUGUACAGGAUAUCUCCCCCUGUCUGGCUACAGUACAAGCAGCACCUUCCCCUUUGUCACUGAUUGGCACACUUCUCAUUUACUAUGAAUAAAAAACAAGAAUUGUUAGCAAACACA